AUCACAAUAUCACAUCAAUACAACUCAGUCUGAUAUCUGAACUGGGCGCAUUUAGACAGACGUAUUUGGGAAUAGCGAAUCAUAUCGUUCAUUCCAAUCACCCAUUUCUGGAAAGCUAGGAUUGGUUCACCUCUUGUCUUGUAAGCCUCCACUCUCACAUUUUUUUCUCAUCUUGGAACUGCUUCUUUAUCUGCAAAAUUUUCCAUUUUUUGACAGGGGAUAUGACUAGAAAGAGGAUACAGAUAAAGAAAAUAGACAACAUAAGUUCGAGGCAAGUGACAUUCUCAAAGAGGAGAAAAGGGCUUUUCAAGAAAGCUCAGGAGCUCUCAACUCUUUGUGAUGCAGACAUAGCUCUCAUAGUCUUUUCUGCAACUAACAAGCUCUUUGAGUAUGCUAGUUCAAGCAUUCAACAAGUAAUUGAAAGGCGUAGUCAGUGUUCAGGGAUUCACAGAUUGGAGCACCUACCUAUUGAGCAGUUUAUGCAGUUUGAGAGUGACUCCAAUGACACACUGCGCAAGAAAGUAGAAGAAAAGACACAUGAACUGAGGCAGUUGAACGGGGAAGAUCUGCAAGGAUUGACAUUACAUCAGCUUCAGAAACUAGAGGAAGUACUUAAAAGAAGUUUAGCCAGUGUUUCCAGAGUGAAGGAUGAAAAAUUUAUGCAAGAAAUCAGCACCCUUAAGAGAAAGGAAGUGGAACUGAUUGAAGAAAACCAAAAAUUGAAACAGGUACCAAGCCUUACACAGUAUGGACAAAGGCAAUCAUUAGAGUCCACUAUUAGCUCUUCAUCUUAUCUUCUUGAAGAAGAUGGUAGUGACACGUCUCUCAAGUUGGGGUUGCCUUUAUUACAAUAAAAUAAAAUGUUGAUUUAAAGAACUGUGAGGAGUUAGCAAUGAACGGAUUGGUUCCCUUUCUGCAUCGCUCAACCAAUUAAAUCCAGUACUAGUGUUUGAUGUGUUUAAAAACAACUGGUAAAGUAAUUAGAUCUAAUUAAGGGGUAAGGCCCUACAUAAAGAAUUGAAUUAUUAUUGCAUUAGCCUUUGUAUUUUAUUUUAGCAAUUUAAAUAAUAUGGUAGCAGAUGCUAUGGUUGUAUCUAUAGUUUAUCAUCAUAUAAACUUUUGUCUUGCCUGUA